AUGGCAGGAAAAUCUUCCAUAAUUAACACAUCUUUCUACCUUCACCUUCUAGAAACUUCCCUCAAAACAAAGUCAUUAACAAAUGCCAAAACAAUCCAUCAGCAUUUCCUCAAGAACAACCUCAAACACAGUUUCAUUAUACUUGACAAACUUACUCGAGUAUACAUAUCGUUUCGUCGACUCGAGCUUGCACGCAAAGUGUUCGAUAAAAUGCCAGACCCAGAAAGAAAAAACAAUGUCUUGUUAUGGAACCAGUUGAUUAGAGCUUAUGCUUGGGAAGGACCAUUUGAUCAUGCCAUUGAGUUGUAUGUUGAAAUGAAGGAAUAUGGCGUGAAACCCAAUAAGUAUACUUACCCGUUUGCUUUGAAAGCGUGUUCUGCAACACGGGAUGUUGAGAUUGGGAAGACGAUACAUGAUCGUGUGAAAAGCGAGUGUCUUGAUGAGGAUGUUUAUGUUUGUACGGCGUUGGUUGAUUUUUAUACGAAAUGUGGGUUGUUAGAUGAGGCGAGAAUGGUGUUUGAUAAGAUGCCGUUUAAAGAUGUUGUAGCGUGGAAUGCGAUGAUUGCAGGAAGUUGUCUUCAUGGCAUGUAUCCUGAAAGUUUGGGAUUGGUUAAGGAAAUGCAGGAGGUGGGGUUGAGGCCUAAUUCGUCGACUAUUGUGGGAAUAUUACCGGCUAUUGGGGAAGCUAGUGACUUGAUACAAGGAAAAGCUGUACAUGGGUUUUGUUUAAGGAGGAGAUAUGAUGAUGUGGUUGUUGGAACUGGGUUAUUAGACAUGUAUGCGAAAUGUGAGUGUCUCGGUUACACAAGGAGAAUUUUUGAUACCAUUAGUGUGAAAAAUGAGGUAACUUGGAGUGCUAUGAUAUCAGCGUUUGUUGCUUGUGAUUCAACCAUGGAGGCACUCAAACUAUUUGGUCAGGUAAUGGUAAGAAGUGGUGUAACCAUAUCUCCUGUUAUACUUGCAACUGUUCUUCGCGCUUGUGCUAAUCUUACGGAUGUUAAUAAAGGAAGGUGUAUCCAUGGUUAUUCAUUAAAGUUAGGGUUCGUUUCUUAUUUGAUAGUUGGUAAUACCCUUGUUUCGCUCUAUGCCAAAUGUGGGAUUGUAGAGGAUGCAGUUAGGUUUUUCAACGAAAUGGAUGUAAAAGACACAAUAUCAUUCAAUUCAAUCAUAUCUGGUUGUGUGCAGAAUGGCGAUGCAGGGGUUGCAUUUAACGUGUUUAACAAAAUGAGAUCAUUUGUUGUUAAACCCGACAUGGACACCAUGAUUGGCUUCUUUCCUGCAUGCUCACAUCUAGCAGCUCUACAGCAUGGAGCUUGUGGCCAUAGCUAUUCGGUAGUAUGUGGAUUUACAGGAUCAACCAAAGUUUGUAAUGCUAUUAUUGACAUGUACUCAAAGUGUGGAAAAGUAGAAAUGGCGAGGCUAGUUUUUGAUCAAAUGGAUAGAAGGGAUUUAAUCUCAUGGAAUGCUAUGAUUUUUGGUUAUGGCAUACAUGGGUUAGGGUUAGAAGCAGUUUCGUUAUUUAAACAUAUGCAAAGUGAUGGUUUUAAUCCAGAUGAUGUCACAUUUAUUUGCCUGUUAUACGCUUGCAGCCAUUCAUGCCUUGUUGAAGAAGGGAAACAUUGGUACGCUGCCAUGACUGAGAAAUUUCAAAUACAACCCAGGGCUGAACACUACUUGUGUAUGGUCGAUCUUUUGGGCCGUGCUGGGCUUUUGAGGGAGGCUCAUGAGUUCAUUGCUAGGAUGCCAUUUAAGCCCGAUAUCCGUAUUUGGAGUGCAUUGCUUGGUGCUUGUGGAAUACAUAAAAAUGUCAAGUUAGGGGAAGAAAUUUUAAGAAAAAUUCAGAUUCUUGGACACGAAAGUACUGGAAACUUUGUUCUGUUAUCUAAUAUCUACAGUACAGUAAAAAGAUGGGAUGAUGCAGCCCGUACCCGGGUCUUGCAGAUGGAAAAAGGGUUCAAGAAAAGCCCGGGAUGCAGUUGGGUAGAAAUAAAUGGCAUCAUACACACGUUUGUUGGUGGAGAUCGAUCUCACCCACAAUGGUUAUUAAUAAACAGAAGACUUGAUGAAUUGUUAGUGAUGAUGAAAAAAUUGGGAUACGAUGGAGAUCACAAUUUUGUUUUUCAGGAUGUUGAAGAGGAGGAAAAGGAGCAUAUUCUUCUAUAUCACACUGAAAAGUUAGCUGUUGCUUUGGCUGAUCUUAGCUUGAAGCCGUGCAGGCCUAUUCUAGUGUCCAAAAAUUUACGUGUAUGUGUUGAUUGUCAUACAGCAUUGAAGUAUAUGAGUACAAUAACAAAGAGAGUAAUAACUGUUAGGGAUGCAAUACGUUUUCAUCAUUUCAAAGAUGGAACUUGUAACUGUGGAGAUUUCUGGUAGGGUCAUUGUCUUGGAGAAUUUUUCAGAUUCAUUGGUAUUAUAAGUGCUACUGGUGAAAGGGUGCUGAUUGUCAAUUGCAGAGUUUGUACGAGGGGUAAUUGGGCAUUAGUUUUGUAGCGAAGAAGUCUCCGUUUGCUGGAAUCAUGCUGCUAUUUGACCCUCUUGAUGGACAUGGAUACAUGGUAAUGCUUAUGAGUGGGUCGAUUUAGGUUGUGUUUUACCUCAAAUGGGUCAUACAAAAACGGGUCAACCAGUUUAAAGUCAUCCAAAUUCUAUUUUAGUGCAUAUCAACCUCCUAAAAAUCAAUUAACUUAGAUAGGAAAUUAUUAUAAAAUCUGGCCUGGCCCGUACAAUCCAAACCCAUUUUGCCACUUGAACAUCCUGCCACUACCCAGGGUAGAACUGGACCACUAUCAUCUGCUGCUGGAUUACUAGUUGAAAAGCAAGGUUAUGGCCAAAUGGCCAGGUUCAGGAUGACCCACAAUCGAUAUAUCUUUCCCUGAGUUAUAAAUAAUCAAUGUAUCUAUCUUGCCCCAGUUUAGAAGGUUUUAUGCAUUGUGGAUACACUUGAAUGACAAUAAUCAAUGUGUUGGCAUA